GGCAAUAGGAUGAAAUUUUUUCGUCACACAUAGUAAGCAAGGUCACAAAAUGUAACAACGUCUGACAUUGUUCUAGCACUGCCAUACCGAAUUCUGCAUUCAAGUUACACUUUAACAAUAUCCGGUCAGUAUAAAUAGCGCGGAGGGCGAGUCGAAUUUAUCAGUCGGCCGUGCACGGUUUGAAGUGAUCUACCUAGCUCGUCAGACAAACACAGACCACGUUCACAAUGCAGUCGCUGGUGGUGUUCCUGGCUCUCGCGUCGGUGGCGUGCGGCUCCUACCUGCCGCUGGCGCAGCCCCCCCACCACCCCGCCGUGGUGCUAGACCCCCAUGGCCGGCCGCUGGACACCGCCGAGGUGAUCAACGCUCGCGCCGUCCACUACCAGGCCAAGGCCCUGGAGCCCCGCGCCGCCCUCGGCUACGGCCACGCCGCGGUGGCCCUCGCGCCCGUGGCUCCGCUCGCUCUCUCGUACGCCGCGCCCGCCGCCGUCUCCCACCAGUCCCGCGUGGACGUGCGCAUUAGCCCCGCCGUCGUGUCGCACGCCGUAGCCGCUCCGGUGCUCGCGCACUCCGUGCUCGCCCCUGCUCCCGCUCUCUCCCACUACCUGCACAAGCGCUCCCUGGGACACUACGCGGUGGCCGCGCCCGCCGCCGUCUCUCACCAGUCCCGCGUGGACGUGCGCACCAGCCCCGCCGUCGUGUCGCACGCGGUGGCCGCCCCCGUGCUCGCGCACUCUGUGUUGGCCGCGCCCGCCGCCGUCUCCCACCAGUCCCGCGUCGACGUGCGCACCAGCCCCGCUCUCGUCGCUCCCGUCGUCGCCCACUACGCCGCGCCCGCUCCGCUCCACUACGCCGCGCCCGCUCCGCUCCACUACGCUGCACCUGCUCACAUCCAUCUUGCUGGACACUAUGCUCACGCCUGGUGAACGAGAAUAACCAAUACUGACCAACUGCUAGGAUUAUUACUAAAUAAAAUAUUUAUAAAUUAAUAGAAUAUAUUAAUUUAAAUAUA